AUGACAGUAGGAGCUGAUGCAGACUCCAGGCCGUGGCCGGCUCACACCAACCUCCCAGCUGCCUGGGACCCACAUGAAACCAGGCAGCGCACCAAGGAGAACCAAAACAGGGAAAUGCAGCGAGGCAGACCACCUGGCCCACUGAGUCCAGACUCAGAAGAUGUGCAGGUGUUGGUGGAGCCCCACAUAGCUCCUGCCUGCUCAGUGACAGUGAACACAUCCCCUUCCAGUGGCCACCUCAAAACCAAGAAGCCAAUCGGUUCAGACUCGGGCCUUCGCGCCCCGUCCCCGCCCCGAGGGCUGCUGGGACUUGUAGUGCCGCAGACGCUGGUGGGCUGCGCGUCCCCCAGCCAGUCCCACGCGCCUGGCCUGCCGUCGGGCUUGGGGCUCCGGAGUCUCGGGGUGGCGCGAACCUUAAAGGGACUCGUAACGGCCCGGGCCGCUUAUCUGGCCCGGGCGGAUGUCGGCCACCAGCGUGUGCCGGAGGAAGGCCUCGUGGAGGUGGGACGCGCCGCCGUGCAGCCGCCCGGGCGCCGCCCGCCCCGGGGCUCCAUCCCGCGGCUCCAUCCCGGGGCUCCCGCCUGGGCCGCGCCGGGCCCGGCGUCGCGCCUCGCUUUCCGUCCCUCCUCGCCUGGAACCGGGAUUCCGGAGAGGAGGAGGCUUGAUCUCGCGCUGCCCGCCCACUUCCCUGUGCGCCGCCGGCUGCGCGACCCCGGGCGGCCUCGCCGCGGAGGCCCGGCGGGCCGGGGGACCCGGGGAGCGGGCGCGGCGCCCGCCGGGCUUUCCCGGACCGAGCCCCCGCCGAGCCCCGCGCGCCGGAGACCUGCCCCGCCCCGAGACCGGGACGAAGCCCCACGGGGAAGCCUCUCGGCGGGGCUCGAGGCUGGGAAGAGGGAAGCCAGGCGCCUCGCUGUGGCCCAUCCAGAUACGCCCUCCUACUCAAGCUUGUCCUGCCGACCGCUGGCCCUGGGGCUGCUGGGUGCAGCCCGCCCGCCCGCCCGGAGGGGUGGUGGGGAGCAGGGCACACUGGGCUGUGCAGGGCACCCUUUCUGGACAGGACCAGCCCCUGUGCCUGGGGGCACCCGGCAGUCUCCUGUCAAUAUCCAGUCGAGAGACGCGUUGUACGACCCACGGCUGGAGCCGCUCAACAUCUCCUACCACCCUGCAUCCUGCCGCUAUAUCUGGAACACCGGCUACUUCUUCCAGGUGGAGUUCGACGAUGCUGCCGCCGCCGCAGAAAGGUCAGGCAUCAGCGGUGGACCCUUGGAAAACCACUACCGACUCAAGCAGUUCCACUUCCACUGGGGAGCCGGGAACGAGCGCGGCGCGGAGCACAUGGUGGACGACCACGUGUUCCCGGCAGAGCUGCAUUUAGUUCACUGGAAUUGUGUGAAAUAUGCACAUUACCAGGAGGCUGUGACGGGGGAGAAUGGCCUGGCUGUGAUCGGUGUGUUUUUAAAGCUCGGGGCCCGGCAUCAGGCCCUGCAGAAAUUGGUGGACAUCUUGCCAGAGAUAAAACAUAAGGAUACCUGGUCAGCCGUGGGCCCCUUUGACCCCACGUGCCUGCUGCCCGACUGCCGGGACUACUGGACCUACGCCGGCUCCCUCACCACGCCGCCACUGGCUGAGUCUGUCACCUGGAUCAUUCAGAAGCAGCCCGUCGAAGUGGCCCCCAGCCAGCUGUCCGCAUUCCGGAAGCUCCUGUUCUCUGCCCAAGGCGAGGAAGAGGAGAUGAUGGCCAACAACUACCGCCCGCUGCAGCCCCUGCUGGACCGGAAGGUCCGUGCGUCCUUCCGGACCCCUGAGGGUGCUGAGGCCGCCAGCCCCACCCGGGCUGGGAGAACUGACUGA